AUGUCGAAGCCCGAAGAGCCCUUGAAUGAGGUGAGUUUGAAUACACCAGCGAGAAAACAGGCUCUGGAUCCCCUCAAUACCAUUUCAGGACUUUCAUUCGCUAAGUCUGGGAGUGAAAAUGCGUAUCGGUUUGAACCUAGGAGGACUCACGUAUCGAGUAAAUACAUAAGUCAUCACUAUGAGUUCAUCUCUCAGGCGUUGAAACAGAAAAGCUCUAUUAAGAAUCAGAUUGAUCUUAUACAUCAGUCUUUGAGUGAGCUGUACAGGAUAUUCAUUCGCGUGCAUUCGUGGGAUAAUUUACGAUUAUUAGUGAAGCGGCACUUAAUGGUUAUUGUGGGUCUGUUGAAUGAAGGUGACAUCGCAGCUGCUAUCAAAGAGAUACUACAUCUUUAUAAUGAAACGACUUAUCACAAAGUGCGCGAUCUUCAUGGAAUUUUAUUGGCCGAUUGUACUUCAUGUAACGAUCAUUACCUUUCGAACCUCAAGCUGUUAGCCCUGCAAGCUAUUCUGAAAAAUAAAGCAUCCCAGGAAUAUCAAAGUUCGAUUGUUAAAUUUUUUGCAUUAGACCAUCGUUAUCUCCUGAAAAUGUGCAAGUUGAAGAUUCACAUGGUUGUACAGUUGUUGCUCAAUUUCUUUACAGUACUACCGCAUUUCAAAGUCCUUUUUGGUUUGAAGUUUUUACAAUACCUCAAACAGUUUAGUCUUCAGUUCGAAACCUACAUCGUAAACAUGGACCCUUCAUUGUUUCGAAAACAGUUAAAAUUACGUUCAUCCGAAAUGGUCCCUGAAUGUGAGUUUUAUCUACGAUGUUACUACGAUCAAUAUUCGAUCCAUGACACAUCGCCAGAAAAGAUUAUGCAUAAUGAGUUGGCCAAGGAAAAAGAGACCGAGAACUUCUCUUUGAAAAUUUUGAUUGACGAGAAUAAGACGAAAUCAGAUCUGACCUUUUUGCUGAAAUACAAGAUGCAUCGGGUCCUCGAUAUCGUUACAGAAAGUUUUAAUGCAACAGAAAGUAUACCGUUCGCGGGACACCUGGUAUUACUGACAAACACUUGGGAAGUCAUAAGAUUUGGUGGGCUGCAGGAAAGCAAUAACAAAAAGGCAUUUUUCGACAGGACAUUACUUUUCCUGAAUUCCAAAAUGAGUUUGGUGGAACAUAAUGAGACUUCUUUCAAUGAAAUUUUGAACAUAAUGGCAGAAUACUGUAUCGACAGCAAUCAGCUGAAGAGAUUGUCAAAUGUCGUAAACGUACUUUUCAAUUGCUUUGUUGUUUCAAAAAAAUUGGACUUUCUGAAGCUGGCUGCCAAAUUCGAAGGUGAAAGUUACUUGAAAAACGACAGCAAGUCUUCGCGACCAUUAGUUGAGAAAUUCGAGAAGUUUUUAUCGCGAGUAAGCGAUCCUCGAGACAAAUUGCACAUAUUUGGAUAUUUGUUCAACUUUCAAAUGGCAGGCGACGAAAGUUUAGGAACAAUUCAAACGUUUUGUCAGAAUGUUUACAUUCGUUGCUUUCCGAAAUUGAGACUCACAAAGUUUGCUGAUUUUGAUUUCUGCUCAGAAGUCAUGAUGGCCUUUCUUUAUGGCAGCUCUCCCCUCAAGGGAACACCCCCAGCAAAUUGGUCACCUAUAACGCGGAUGCUAUUUUCAUGCUUGUCGGGUACAUUCCAUCUUAACACAAUAGAGAUAAAUCCUGAGCCAAAUAAAUGGCAUUCUCUCUACAAGUACGAAGUUCUCAUCAAGGCGGCAUACUGUUUUAACAUUGAGAUGAGUAAGCACAGUACAUUGAAUCUUGCCUCAAUAGUGAAAAGCUAUGUGAAUAAGUGGAUAAACAGCAAGUCAGACUGGAGGGAAAAAGCUACCACCUUUGAAAUGGACUUUCUAAACAUACUAUUGGAAUACCUUGCUUUUAACAAUUUUGACAAACUAAUUGUUGAGUUAAUUCAAUGUCUCCGAUCCAAGAAGGUCAUAUAUGAACGCAUAUUGGAUGAUUUAAAGGUUUACUUAUUAUCAGCAUACAUCAACCUUCAGAUGGUUGACAACAUUACUGCCUUCAAAGACGAAUUCAACUGUACAGCAUUUGAUUUCAAAUCGACCAAACUUGAGCCGCUGUUGCAAUAUUUAGAGACAAAAUUGCUAAUCGUUGCCUGGGAUAGGGACUAUGAGGUGUUUGAGACACUAUUCGUACAGGAGUUGCCCAAGAUCGGAGAAGAAGUACUUGAUAUCGAUAACAACUCAAAAAAACUUUAUCUCAGUACAUUAAAGUCAUACUUUUUAACUAUCAACCUAUUGGUCGCAGCUUCCACACUACAGCUUUCAAGAAACAAUGUACUGGCUGCAGUCAUCGAAAGUAAGAAGGCUUUAAAGCUAUCUACUUCUCUUAUUAAGAGAUCAAACAAACUUUCGGAAAGAUCAAGAUUGAAAGUCGUUCAUUCCUUGACAUCUUCUUACCUAAAAUUACUGUCACUUUACAUUCACAUAGGAGUUGCCCGAGACUGUGAUUUUUACGCCAGUGAGCUAUCAAGUGUAAUCUGUGAACUGAAUGAACCUUCGGUGGUGUUCAAGUGCUUGCAGUUUUUGCAUCAGUACUAUCAGCUUACCGGGCAAGCAGAACUUGCGGCCACUGCUUUAAAAAAGAGUAAUGAUACCUUUGAAUACAUCGACGGAGAGUUUAAUGUUUUAGCAUUGUCAUCAUUCUUCUUCAUUAACGGCGAAUACGAGAAGCUUUUCGAUGGUUUGAAGCUAUUCUUUAUGAAAGAUAUCAAGAAAACAUCUCUCCCAGACUAUUGGCGUUUAAAAAUGGGACACGUCGUCCAAAAUUUUCCCGAGCAUUACAAAUACAAAACUUUGAAUGAUAUAAACAAGAUGAAUGACACGUACCAACGCGUAAUGAAUCAACUAGAAAAUGAUCCAUUUUUCAGAAGUGUCUUUGAUUCAAUGGUGAUCAUUCCUUCAUGUCAUCCACCAAACGAGCUCUUGCCUAAACUAAAUCCACCUCACGCACAAAAGGAAGGUCUCGCUUCAGCUUUGACAGUAUUACCAAGAUCAUCUAACAUGACACCUAAAGACAAGCACAUCAGACAAAAGUUCGACAGAGCUGCAGCAAUUAACCAAUUAAAACUACUCAAGGAUUCUGCUGAGCACCUUGACCUAUCCUCACUGAAGAAUCAUGAGUUGUCUAGAGUCGCUUCAUUUUACUCCUUAGCAUUAUCUCUACUCUCAAAUUUGAGCAUUGGAGGUUCAUUCGUUGAGAGUCUUGUGGAUGAAUUUGCGCUUUCUGAAUUAGCCAAAUGCAUGCCCCUCCAUUAUGACAAGAUACUGACAACAGUUGGUAGCGAUAUUUACGACAAUUUUGGUCUUUUACCAAUCACUUCAUUUACUGAUCCUGUCAAGCUAAAAAGAGAAAAAUCUUUGGAGGACCAAAAAAAAUUACGUGCAAGCUCUGUUCCUUUCAGCGUUAUAUCCAUAGACUUUUGCCCGGUUACGAAGAAUCUGCUGCUCUCCAAAAUCGAAACCUGUCAUGAUCGCAACGUUCAUAUACGUAUGCCUUUGAACCGUACUCACACUCGCGACCUGGACUGUAUGACUUUAACGUUUGAUGACGCCCGAAGGGAGUUAUUCAACAUCAUCGAAAAGAGUAAUGCAAGCACAUCAGUCGAAGUUACAAGUUCAAUUACCACAAAGGACGAGAGAAAGAAAUGGUGGCAGACUAGGUAUGAAUUGGAUCAUAGACUGCAAGAGUUGCUGAACAACAUCGAAGUCUGUUGGUUCAAUGGGAUGAAGGGAUUGUUUGGCCCCGAGAUCAUUGAAGCUGACAUUCUUCAAGAUUUCAGGAUGAAGGUAGAUGACGUUCUGCACCAAAAUUUGCCUAGUAGGAGGCAAAAUGGUAGCCCUGAUAUGUUCCUGCAGGUUGAUGAUUGGAUCAUAGAAUUGAUAAUGAAGUUGAAUCCCCAGCAUGAUGAUUUUGUUUUGAUGAUGGAAGAUUUGAUUUACGUCAUACUGGAUGUUCUUUUGUACCAUGGCGAAGAAAAUGCAUAUGACGAAAUAGAUGUCGGAGUUAUACACAUUCAGUUGGAGGAAAUAGUGAAAGAAUUUAGACCGCGAUUGUUAUCGGCGCAAAAGAUAUCUCAUACUUUUUUGGUAGUAAGCAGUGACUGUCAUAUGUUUCCCUGGGAGAGCUUGUCCUUCUUGAAAGAUAUUUCAGUGACAAGGGUUCCUUCGUUCAGUAUCUUGAAUGAUCUGAUCGCGAAGAGCAAUAAUAAGGUUUCGCCUGAAAUCUCGCUCAGGGAAAACAUAGCUAUGAUCUUGAAUCCUCAUGGUGAUCUAAGGAAAACCGAAUCAAGGUUCUCAGAUCUUUUCAAAGAGAUCGCUAAAAAAAGACCGGACUCAAGUUUGUUAAUAAAUCAAAAGCCAGAUGAGCAAACGUUUCUGAAAAUGGUAAGUUCCUCAAACCUUUUCAUAUAUCUAGGUCAUGGAGGUGGAGAGCAAUACGCUCGUACCAGGGAAAUUAAAAAGUUCGACCACAUUGCCCCGUCUUUUUUACUAGGAUGCUCUUCUGCAUCAAUGGGAUUAUAUGGAAAAUUAGAACCCACAGGUACUGUUUAUUCUUAUCUGCUAGGCGGCUGUUGCUCAGUUUUAGGUAAUCUUUGGGACGUAACAGACAAAGAUAUCGAUAAAUUUAGUGAAAGGGUGUUUGAUGAAAUAGGACUCGGUUGCGGGUCAUCCGAUGGCUCCCAAGAAGGGAGUUGGAUUUCGAAAGCGGUUUCACGUUCCAGGGAUGUAUGUCAUCUCAAGUACUUAAAUGGUGCCGCACCGGUUGUGUACGGUCUUCCAAUGAGGUUCAAAUAG